AUGGCCUCCCCCGACUCCCAAAACAUCAACACCUUCCUCACCAUCGAAGAGAUGAACAGCCCCAAACACCGCGCCAUCCUCGAGUUCGCCUCCAAAAAAGCCGGUUUCACCUGCUACGACACCUUCACCGCCUGGCUCGCCUCUCCAGCCCUCGCACCCUUCUGGACCGAAUUCGAGCGUGACUUUCUCAAGCCCCUAGCCGCCUCCCGCAAGUCCACCACCUCCUUCUCUUCCCCCCCACCUACCACCACCACCACCACCACCAUCACCAUCAACAACAACCCCCCUCCGGCGGAUCCCUUUGCGAAAACCUCCACGAUUCCCUGCCCCAUAUACCACAUCAUCCCGCUCUUCCAGGGCAUGUUCGGCACCAGGGAAUACCUGCGCAAGGGCCCGAGCAAGGCGACUUGGAGACCGAAUCACCACAUCCUUUAUUUCUUCUUGAACGUGUGGGAGCGCAAUCACGACCAGAUGAGGAACAGCCCCUGGGCGGGCUGUUAUCUGGAGAAUGUCAAGAUGUGGGCCAUGCAGCUUUGUUGGAUCCUGGAUGCCAUGACCAGGUGCAAGUACCAGGAGGAGUUGGGCUUGCAUGUGGUGGAGUUUAGAGGGAUGAGGGAUGAGGGGUGUAUUAUCACGUAUAAGCAUUAG